UUGGAUUGGAUUUCAUUAGGAAUAUUUUUUCUGCACAGUACAUAAUAGCAAAUCCUUGAGUUAUUGGAAUGGAAUUAAGACCUAUGGCUGAAUCUCCCACAAUUAUUUAUGAUGCCAAUAUAGGUUCUUCACAACGCUCAACAAUACCAGCACCCAUAUCAGUAUGGUACAGUCUGCAUCAUCUCUGCUCUAUGGCAGCAGGUGCUUUUAUCUUUUUCACCGGUGGUAUGGCAAUGGCACAAGGCUUAGGAUGGACUGAAUAUCGGGUAACCGGUUAUAGUGGACACUUUCAGUAUUCAUGGUUUGUGGCUGUCAUAAUUGGAAUAGUUUUGUCGUUGCCAGCUAUACGCAUUAUGCCAAAGAAAUUUAUAAUGGGCAUUUCCUCAUUGCUGAUUUUGGCAGGUGGCAUUGUGUUCACCUGCUCACCGCACAAUUUGGAUGCCCUUGUAGCUGGAAGAUAUCUCAAUGGCAUUGCGGUAGGUCUAGCCACCACUCCAUAUCUGACGGUAAUCAGUGACAUAUCACGUUUUGGCGCUAGAGGCGCUUGUCUUGGCAUAGAACAGUUAUCGCUGACCUUGGGCAUGGCACUACAAAUAAUCAUAACUACUCGUUGGGAUGUGCGAUCGCUAUUGACCACCAACAGUUUUCAUGGAAUAUUGGAUAUCAUCUUAGCCAUAUUGGCGGGAAUCUCUUUGUGGCGUUUUGUGGAAUCACCAGUGGAUUAUUUGCGCAUGGGCGAUGAGGCCUCGGCUCUGGGUGCUUUGGCUCGUCUACAACGACCACCACGUGUUAAUAGUGCCACAAAUAUUUCACUUGUGGAACACAACACCUAUCUGAAUGAACAUUGUGAUUUGGGUAUUUGCAGCAGCAUUGGACCCAUGUUGAAAAUGAUUUUCUUCCGUAGCAUGAUGUUGGCCUUUACUUUCUCAUUGCCACUAUCGGAAAUGCUGAAGAUGAGUAAAUCUACGAUUUUAAGUAAAACUAGCAAUCCGUCAGCUUAUCUUCUAAACAUACCCAUUGUGGUGGCUGCUAUGCGUAUAUUGGGAGCAUUUCUAGCCCUACUUGCUACAGAUAGAUUGGGUCGAAAAUUACCUGCUCUAAUUUCGGCAUUAGCAACUGGAGCUUUCAUGAUAAGUAUAGCAGUCAUAUGUCGUAAUUAUGACAAUUUGGAUAGUGCCCAUGCCAUGAGUUGUGUUAGCUCAUUUUGUUUGAUGGUGCAAUUCUGUGCAGGCAUGUUUGCCCCCCUUACCUCGGCAUAUGUGGCUGAAGCCUUUCCUCUGAAAACAAAACCAUACUGCAUAGCUUUGUGUGCCGUACUGGAACAGGUCAUACAAAUUAUUGUCCUGUGCUUGGCUGAUCCCAUUGGCAAUGAUGGCACCCUAAUGGCAGAGGGAAUAAUGAUAGUCGUGGCCAGCAUCUACUUUGGCAUAACCAUGCCUGAGACUAAACAAACUUCGCUGCGUGAAGCGCAGAAACGUUUCCGAAAUUUGUUGAAUUGGAAAGCGAUAUGAAAUUGAGUUCUGUUUAAAAAAUUUGUAAGCAAGUAUUGGGUUGCCCAAAAAGUAAUUGCGGAUUUUUCAUAUAGUCGUCGUUGACAAAUUUUUUCACAGCCUGUGACUCUGUAAUUGCAUUCUUUCUUCUGUUAGUUAUCAGCUGUUACUUUUAGCUUGCUUUAGAAAAAAGUGUAAAAAAAGUAUAAUUGAUU